AUGAGGUGCAUCAAGGACAUCACCAUGACCUCCGAGUUGGAAGUAAAGAGUGCCAAGACCGUGAAGAAGCUGACAGUGGGCGACUACGUGAAGGUCUUGGAGCCCGGGAAGUGUGACGACCAGGGAAUGAUGCGCGUGAGAUGCGAAGCUGUCAGCGACCUCGUUGAAGGCUGGGUGUCGCUCAAGGGCAGCUCCGGGACAAGCUUCCUCGAGAGGUGCUUCAAGCCCUUCCUCUGCUGCCGGGAGGAGUUGCUCCUUCAAGCGGACUUCGAGACUGGCAGCACAGAGGUGCGCAAGCUCCGGCCGGGGCAAGUGGUGGAGGUGCUUGAGGGCCCUCGUAGGGAGGCAGCCACGGAGUGUCUUCGGGUCAGAGGCAGGGCGGUGAAGGACGGAAAGACGGGGUUCAUCGCCCUCAAGGACGUCAGCGGCGACAUCUUGGAGCCCAUCAAAGUCCUGGUGUGCAGACUGAGCACGGCCUUGACGACCGGACUGGACGUCAGCUCCAGCAAGACAGUCCGGAAAGUUGAGGCAGGUGAAGUCUUCGAGGCUCUUGAGGAGGCGCAGGAAGAUGAGAAGCGAAAGCUUUCCCGCGUCAAAGUCAGGACCUAUAGAGAUGACAAAGAAGGCUGGGUGACCCUGAAAGGAAACUCCGGCACUUGCUUUGUGGAAUCAAGUGAUCAGCAUCACAUUGUCAAGAAGACCGUCCCUCUGGAAAGUGGCUUCAGGAGCGGAAGUGCGCCUGUUCGACUGCUGGAGGAGCGGGAGGUCUUCGAGCUCCUGGAAGAGCCCAAGACGGAGAAGAAGGAGGGCGACCAGCGCAUGCGCGGCCGUGCCUCCGCAAGCGAGGGGUGGUUCACCUUGUCCAAAUUCUUGACGCCUUGGUCUCCGAGAUACAGAUGCAUUCGAAGUAUCGAGCUGACUAGCAGCUUAUCUCCCAGCAGCGACGUAGUGAGAAAGCUCGGCUCUGGGGAGAUGGUCGAGGCUCUUGAGCUGCCGACGGAGGACGACUCCUCCGGCCUCGUGCGAGUGCGUGUGCGAGGGGAGCAGGACAACUCCCUGGGCUACGUCACUCUGAGGGACCAGGGCCACGUCUACCUUGAGGCCUUGGCCCCUGAGAAGCCGGCGGAGCGAUGA